AUGGCCUGCUCGCUGAAUAGCGUACUAAAUCCGACGGAUCGCUCACCUCGACUAGCAGGAACAAAGCCUGCUAUCGCUCCAAAUGCGACUGAACGGGAUGACUAUGGGCAACAAGCUCCUAUUGUACCCCGGAAGCGCAGAAGGAUUCCAUCACGUAUGGGAUUGGAGCCAGAUCAUGCGCCUUGCGACGAUGCUACCACGCGGGAUCCUCGAAAGCGGAGGAAACGACCGUCAUCACUACCCUAUCGGCCGCAAGAAGACCUACCGUUCAGUAUCAACGGGGAUCGAACAUUCCAUCGAGAAUAUCUCCCAAUCAAUUCAUUGGAACGAUCACCUAUUGGCACUUCAUCAUCACGUUCUCUUUCUCAAACAAACCUCAACCACUUCAGCAUCUUCAACGCCCUCCUCACUCAUCCAGAACUCCUCUACGAAAUGACCAAGCAACUUGAGAUCGACGACCUUGUUUCCCUCUAUUCCAUCAGCCGCGACUUCCACUUCCUCGCCAACGGGCGCUUAACCGCUCUGAUCCUGGGACAGUCCGUCACGAAAGCGCCGGAGUCUUCUCGAAUCUUUGUCCACCGCUGCUACCGCAAUCUUUGUAUGCGAGAUCCAGCUGGGCGCUUGAAUGAGAGUGUACCAGGGGAGGUGCGCUGGGUUCCCAGUUUUCGGUGGUUAAGAAUGGUGCUCUUCAGGGAGGAGGCUGUUAAUGAUAUCAUUGAUGCUUUGGCUUAUAAAGGGCAUAGGAUGCCGCCCCGUGCUAGCCUAGUCAUUAAGAAGCUGUGGUUUACACUGGAUAUCCCUGAUAAUAGGCGUCGGAUUUACCUCUUUCACAAUGAAAGUUUCUGGACCGAGAAUGAUAUCUUCGUUCUGCACCUCUUCAUUCUGAAAUUGGACAUGCGGCUCACAAAUCCGAGCACGGGAAAUUAUGGAGAGACACGCUUUCGGACGAUGUUAUUGAACCAGCGGAGUUUAAGCGUUUUGAGAGGAGUAUUGAAACGGGAGCACAUGCUGCAUCAGAAACAUGUAUUAGAAAUGUUUGUGCGGUACGCUUAUGUGCAUCCUUACUGGCCGCCGUUGAACCCAAUCAUGGGCAUUCCGCCGGGAGAAGUUGGGAGGCUAAAGUAUGAAGGAUGGGGUGCUGGACAUACGCCGUUUGUGCCGGUAGAUAAUCUAGCGCAGAGGGAGGCAUUCAGAAGAGGGCUUGGAUUGCAGGAUUAUUACUAUGAUAUGUGCCUUUUUGGGUAUAUUGAUAGGGAGACGAUGAAGGAUAUUUUGACGGCAGUGGCGCCUGAAGGGUUUUUUGGUUAUGAGAAGGUUGUCAAAUCGGUGGAGGAGCUUGAGCGGAUGGGCUCGGAGGUAGACUUUGAAGAGAAUGACUCCGAGGGGUAUGGGAGUCAGGAAAGCGACAUUGAAGACUGGGCUUUAGGCAACGACGAGAUGGAGUCAGGCAGUGAAGAGACCUCACUUAGUGACAAGGAAGGAGAAGGUCGGGUGACUGAGUACAAUGGUGAAAGUGAGCUUGAAGAUGAGUGCGAAGAGAGAGGUGGUUGA